AUGAUUCUAACAGUUGUACAGAAAUAUAUUGAGGGUGGUCUCAUCAGCAACGAACAGGAAGUUUACAUACUCUGGAUGUUCGCCAUCUUGUUUGUUGUGGUCGCAUUCUUCGGCGUCCUUAGCAACACAGUAAACAUUCAAGCUUUCGUGUCAAUGGGCGUGAACGACGGCGUCACCGUGUCUUUUCUCAUCCUGUCCGUGUCGGAUUUAGUCUUUGUCUUGUCAAACAUCAGCAUGGGGAUUUUAACGGCGUUUUGGGCUCUAGAGAUGGACACCCACUACCACACCUGGUUUACUGUCGACCCGUUUGGCGCCUACAUCCUAUCAGCGAACGUCAGUUUUCUCCUCUACGUCAUGACGAUGCUGACCACCAUGUUUUUGGCCAUAGCCCGUUCAAUGUGCGUGGCUAAACCGCUCCAUUUCAAAAACGCUUUCACGAAAAAUCGAUCGUUGUUUAUUCAUUUAGCGUUUGCAAUCUUCACAGUGUUCAGUUAUCUGCCAGUUCUGUUGAAUAUGGGGAUGAGUACAACAUUCGACGCGCGUGUUAAUUCAAACAGAACAUUGCUGUGGAUUACUUCAAGCCGGCAGACGAUAAAAGAUAUCGUCUGGACAAUGAGAGACACUUUUCUCUCGCUUGCCUCGCAAUUUAUUUUAAUCAUCUGCGUUGGAAUAAUGGUCGUCAGUUUAAGAAAAUCCUCAGCGUUUCGCCAAAAAUCUGUCAUGAUAACCAGCGAUGGAACAGACCCUAGAAAUAAAUCUGGCAGAAGUCGAGAAGGCCAAACAUCGAGUUCCCUCUCUGGGAAAGACUUGCAAGUCGUGCAACAAGUCACCCUCGUUUCCAUCCUGUACAUCGUCUGCAACAUGCCGAAAAUUCUCGUCAACCUGGCGCAGGUCUCAGAACCGGAACUGACCAUCGGAAAACGGUACCAGAAUGUCAGCCACAACAUCAUCAACACGAUGACCAUCUCACAGCUCCUCAACUGCAGUUUGAACUUUCUUGUUUACUACAAGUUUAAUUCUAAAUUCAGGAGUGUUGUUUCGUCUUUUUGGUGUAGUUAA